CCUCCGGGAGGAAGAGGAGGAACCCCCAGCCUUCAUCACUUUGCUCCUCCUCCUCCUCCUCUCGCUUCAUCAUCUUCAUCAUCUUCAUCAUCCUCAGACCCUCCACGUCUGCUUCAUCCUCCUCAUCCUCACGCUGAAGAGGGAACCGAGCUCACGCGCGCACACACGCCGUACGCGCGCCUCGCCGCUGGAGGAUGAGGAUGAGGAUGAGGAUGAAGAUGAAGACAUGACUGAAUAAUACCAGAAGGUCGCGUGGAAACAAGAUGGAGGUGCCGUCGUCCAAGAAGCGUGUAAAGAUCCACCCCAGCGCGGUGACGGCCAAGUACGCCACUCACUUCCCCCAGCCGGGCGAUGAAGGCUACGACGAGGCUCCCUCCUUCGAGGACUUUGGCACCUUCGCUGAGGCGGACACGGGCAGGAAGCUGGUGUCGGAGGCGAGCGGCGGGAGGACAAUGUUCGGGACCAUGGAGACGCCAGGGAAGGGCGGCGGCGGCGGCCGAGAGCGAGGGGUGGGAGGUCAGCUGGCCAGUUUCGGCGAGGCCAACGUGCUGGCCUCCAGGGUGACGUGGACGGCGUUGUUCGGGGCGGCGGUGGCGCACGGCUGCGUGGCGUUGAUCACCCGCCUGGCGGCCGACCGCUCCAAGGUUCCGUCCUUGGAGCUGCUCUUCAUCCGCUCGGUGAUCCAGGUCCUGGCCAUCUCCGUGGUCUUCUACCGCCACGAGGCGCCCUUCGGACCCCCGGGGUACCGCCUGCGCCUCUUCUUCUACGGCGUGUGCAACGUGGUCUCCAUCAGCUGCGCCUACACUUCCUUCGCCAUCGUGCCGCCCAGCAACGGCACCCUCAUGUGGCGCGCCUCCACCACCGUCUUCAGCGCCGUGCUGGCCUUCCUGCUGCUGGACGAGCGCCUGGCCUACGCCGACGUGGUGACGGUGGUGGGCAGCGUCUUCGGCCUGUGCCUGGUCAUGGUGCCCAACGUGGCGGGCCAGGACCAGUCCCGGCUGGGCUUCUGGAAGGAGGCCUUCGGCUACACUAUGACGGCCAUGGCGGGCCUGAGCGCGGCCCUGGCCAUGAUUGUGUACCGCGCCAUCAAGGAGCGCGUCAGCAUGUGGACGGCGCUCUUCACCUUUGGCUGGACGGGCACGGCGUGGGGCGCCUCCACCAUGUUCGCCAUGCAGGAGCCCAUCGUCCCGCUGGACGCCGAGACCUGGGCCUACCUGGCGGGGAUCUGCGUCUGCUCCACCGUGGCCUUCCUGGGUGUCUACUACGCCCUCAACAAGUUCCACCCGGCCCUGGUGAGCUCCGUGCAGCACCUGGAGAUCGUGGUGGCCAUGUUCCUGCAGCUCAUCGUGCUGCGCAUGGUGCCCUCUGCCUACGACGUCCUGGGCGCCCUGCUCAUCGUGGUUAGCGUCUUUGCCCUCACCGGCCUCAAGCUGUACCGCAUGGGCCGCGCCGUGCGCCAGGAUUACCAGGAGAUCUUGGACUCGCCCAUCAAGUGAGGCGGUGACUUUUGUGUCAUGUUUACAAGAAGAAGAGUGUAACAUCUGUGACCUUUGACCCAAUUGUUGACCAUUGAUGUUUGUUUUUUUCUAAUCGUGACGUCAGCGACUUGUGGUGUGAUCAAUAAAUCUUGUU